AUGCAAAAGAGUACAAGCCCAAAGACCAUCCGACGCUCCCAGCCGGCUUCAACAAACUCGGAUGUGUUUUGUUUUGGGAAGGAAUGGAGCGAGGCUCUAGAUACUGCCCAGCCAUUACCAAUCCCGGAAACGAUGGGUUCUCAAUUCGAUGCAGCAUCAGAACAGAGCAGUAGUACGUUUAUGUUUAAUACGGGGCUGGGCAAUUCUCAACCUACCUUCAACUUUGCGAGCUCUUCAGGGUCUUCUUGGACGUAUGCUCAGCCUAAAUCGGAGAGCCCUUCAAAAAGAUUUAUGUAUCAGUCACCAAAGGAAAAAGGGAACAUCUCUGGGGCAAACUCAUGUUAUGAGACAGUCAAGUCCUUCCCCCAGCCCGAAGAUCAUACCAGUAUCCCUGAGCCAGAUGCUGAAAGGAAUACUACUUCUUAUGAUGUCCGCAGCGAGUCAACACCCUCACACCCUUUCUUUAGCGAGUUGUUUCAGUCUCAAAUACAGGAAGGAAGGGCCAUCUCUCAACAAAUAACAGAGUUAUUUGAAGAUUCUAGUUUCUGGUCUGAGCACUCGUCAGUUACAAACCUCGUCGACGAUGCAAGGCGACUUUCCGCUUUCCAUGUCUCUGAUACAAGAACCAUAGCCUUAAUGGGAGAUUCAGGAGAAGGGAAGAGUAGCCUCAUUAACUCACUUCUGCACUGCCCUGGUAUAGCCAAGACCGGUGACAUUGGGUCAGCAUGCACUUCAGUCGUGACCGAGUAUAGGCUUAAGAAACCUGAGAACAUGGCUCCCAUUACACUCGAAGUCGAGUAUAUGUCCAAAUACGAGAUGGAAGAGGUUUUGUCGGAACUCUUGUGGAGUUAUCGCCAGCUUUACUUGCCAAAUGUGCAAUCUAACAAGACGUCUACAAAAGAUUAUGAACGGUACACCAGGGAGUCCGCCCAAGCUUGGUCCGCCUUGGAAGCCGCCUUCAAACACAAAAGCGAGUUCAACGAAAGCUUCCUUCGUGAUAUGUCAGAUGGAGCCAUAGAUAGGAUAGAAUCACAGCUUGUCACAUGGUCUCGGGAGAUAGACUGGCCUGCUGGAGGUGCGAACGGCAUUUGGAGAUCUACCGCAGUCACGCCUAGAGAGUGCUGUGAGAAAACCGCAAUUUUUAUGAGCAAUAGGGUUUAUCUUGAGUCACGAGUUCUCGAGACAGGACUGAUAAUUGCAGACUUACCAGGCUUACAAGAUACGAACUUGGCCAGGGUUCGGGCAACGCAUGACUACCUAAUGAAGUGUAGCAAUAUCUUCGUCGUGGCAAAAAUCUCCCGCGCUAUCACCGACCAGUCUCUCAAGUCAUCGUUAUACUCGGUUCUUCCUCACCGAGCACGGGAGGGAUCGGCAGCGAAGAGCUUGAGCAUUGCCAUUGAAAUUAACGAGCAAUCUGCUAGGCAUGAGUUUGUUGGGACAAAGAAAGGGAUUGAAUGCUCUAUUCUUGAAAAACUUGACAAGGAUAUCGAAAAUGCCAAGGCCAGUGGAAACGCGGAGCUGAAAAAAGCAUUGAAGAAACGUCGAGAGCUUCUGUUCAUAGAAGCACGGAACAAUCACGUCAAGGACGGCCUUCAAGCCGCAUAUUCUUCCAAGGUUCCUGAGAAGAGAUUAGAUGUCUUCUGUGUCUCGAAUAAGAUGUACGAAAAGUACUCGAAGAAAGGGAACAGCGAGUUCAUUGAGGCAAGCGGCAUCCCAGACUUGCGCAAAUUCUGUUUCCAGAUCACAGCCGACGCGCAGCUUCGGGAGGCGAAACACUUCCUCCAAUCCUCUCUUUUCAAUCUGCUUACUUCGUUUGAAGUUUGCCUGACCAGUCUGGCCUCUUCAUCAAAUGACGAUGUGGCUCUAGUGAAGUCGAAAAAGUUAGCCGAUGAUGCUAUCUCUGCAACGGAGAGGCUUUCAAGCGCUGCCGCCACGAAUCUCCAAACAGAUUUUAUGGCCUGUUUCGAUGAUCAAAUAAUGAAGCUCUCAGCUCAAUUCAAUGCAUGGUGUUUACAUGAUGGCAACCAUGAGACCGAUGGACGUGAGCGUGAAGACUGGAAUGCCAAGAUUAUCUGGAAGAUGCGUAGCGAGCUCGAAUACCAGUGGGAGGUGCUUGAACAGGAGAGAUCUGAAGUCUUCAGUACCCUUUUAGGGACAGUAAGCACUCUCUUGGUCUCACUCAAGGGCACUAUUCAAAGCCUUGCUCCAGUUAGAGUCCAAGACUUGCUGGCGGACGGAAUUUAUUCGCGCAUUCGUGGUCUUGAGUAUGCGCUCAGUCUUUCUGAGGAAAAGUUUGGUCGAGAAAUACGACUUAUCCGCCGCUCUGCUUCCGAAACAAACUCUACCUCAAUCAUCCUCAACGAGAUGGUCCCAGCUUAUCGCGUGGCUAGUUAUCAAGGAACCACGGGAAGAGGCGCAGCCCUUCGCCAGAAGGCAGUGAUCAAUAAUCGUAUAACUGACGGUGUAUUAUUCCCAAACUAUGUCAGCGCCGCUGUCGACAAGAUUGUGAACGAUCUAGAAGGCCAUAUCGAAUGCAUCAUGAAAGCCAUCAAAGAGGUUAUUCAUUCUGCCUUUGCAUCCACAGGAAAAUCUAGUAUUCUCCAAUGCCCAAUCCAUCAAACGCUGACGAGGGUUAAAGAUCUACGAAGGCAAGCGGAAGCGAUUCAUUCCAGGGUAGGCGGAAUGUGA